AUGGAAGCAUACGGCAACGUUAUGGACAUGGACGAUGGGCUCAGCAACGCUAGCAACAGCAACGCCAGCCACAACAAUGGUGUCAAUGUCAGCCAAUACGAAUUUACGCUCGGCGAGCAUAUGGACAGCUAUAAUGUUGAGACAUCGGCUGUGCACCGCAAGCUGCAGAGCAAAGUGGAGGCGUUGCGCAUUCUGCGACAGGAGCUGGAACAGUUUCGUGUGGAGCGCGAUCAGUACAAAUUAAUGGCCGAGACGCUGCAGCUGCGCUACUCGGCCAUGAAGCGCAACAGCGAAUUGCUGGCUGUGAAUGGCAACGCAUGUGGAGCUCUCAGUGAGAAUUCCAGCUUGGCUGCGUUGCUACACGAGACAAGAGAGCUGAAUCUGAAGCUCAACACGGAAGUGGAGGCACUGAAGCAACGACUAAACGAAUUACAAGGCGACGUGGAGCUGUUGAGGGAACGAGAGGCAACUAGCAAGUCUAGAUUGCAGGCAAUGGUCUGUGAGAAUGCUGCGCACAACAAAGAGGAGCUCCAAUGGAAGCGGGAACGAGCGAAUUUCAUAUGUCACCUGGAGAAUCUGAAGAAGAAGAACGCACAAUUGGCGUUUGAUCUGAAGGCAAUUAUUGAUGAGAAGGAGGAACUCAUUACAGAACGCGAUGCCUACAAAUGCAAAGCGCAUCGACUCAAUCACGAGCUGCUGGUGGCACUGAAAGCCAACAAAAUGCAUCCCAAGCUGUUGGACAUUGAUGGAGUGCUACUGGAGAACAAGUACCUGCAUGAGCGUGUCAAGAUUCAGGAGAGCGAGCUGGAACUGACCAAGCAGUCAGUUAGCAAGUAUAAGACCAUGUUGGAAACUAAGCGCAAGAAGGGAAUAGUCAAGCUCGGAACAGGAAGCAAUGAUGAAACUUUGCUGAGUCCACGGCAGGUUAAAACCAUUCUGGAAAGCGGCAUUGAUUUGCCUGGCAAAACGGAGACAAUACACGAUCUCAAGUCCUUGUGCUUGGCGCUGCUCGACAACUUGAACGACAAGAACUUAGCUUUGACACAUCAGAAGCGAACCAACAAAAUACUUGCCACAAAGAUGGCAGAGCUGGAGCAGCGUUGGCAGCAGCUGUUGAGCGGCGAAUCAGAAGAUCCUACAGGCGAAGAAGAGGACGAGGACUAUGGCUAUGCGCCAUCACAACUACUGCUCAAUGGCUACUGUGCUGCCAUGGUCGAUGAUGUGGAAACCGAAGAGCGACACAACAGUGCAGAAGGAGCAGCUGUUGCUGCAUCAGUAUCAUCCGAGCCAUUUGAAGAGAAACCCCAUGUCAAUGAUGGUCUGGGUGUUAUGUUGCAGUCCGAUGAUGGCAUGUCGUCGCUAUCCUCGGAGUCUGCCGACUCGUCCGUGUAUGGCAUUGAUGUGCGACUGAAUGAUGUGGCCAUCAAUGAUGCAUACAAAUCAUCGUCGGCUACCACGGAUUCGGGUAAUUUUGGCUGCCACGGCACACCACGCAUCUCCAGCGCCGUAGCAAGGGAACGCAUGGAGGAUCUCAAGGAUUUGCCGCCACAUUUGGCGGCGUUGGUGCAAAAAGCGCUGCAUGAUUUGGAUAUGCGGGAUUACGAGGCAAUGGUUACAAUACGCGGCGAGAGCUCAGUUAACUAGUUCAAUAUGUUUAUUAUUUAUAUGCAACUCACACAAAAUAUCGUUACAUGCGCGAGUUAUUAAUUAAAUAUAUUUAUACAUUCCCAUAAUGUACGUACAAUAAAAAACAAAGGAAGAAA